GCAGGCGCAGUUCCCCGCUCCCGGCGGCGUGUGUUCGUCUUUCCCAGGGCUCCCGGCAUCCCGGAAGUUGGACCGCGGGCUCUUCACAGUCAACCUCUUGCCAGUGUUUGCCGUGUGCUUCGGUCCCUCGUCUCGCAGUCCCAGCUCCCGGGGCCGCUGCUCUAGGUCCGCAGGUCUCCGCCGGCGACAGACCCAUGGCCGAGCGCGGAGAACUCGACCUGACUGGCGCCAAGCAGAACACUGGAGUGUGGUUGGUCAAGGUUCCCAAAUAUUUGUCGCAGCAAUGGGCUAAAGCCCCUGGAAGAGGUGAAGUUGGGAAGCUGAGGAUUGCCAAAAAUCAAGGAAGGACCGAGGUUUCAUUUACUUUGAAUGAGGAUCUUGCAAAUAUUCAUGAUAUUGGUGGAAAACCGGCUUCAGUCAGUGCUCCUAGAGAACAUCCAUUUGUCUUACAAAGUGUUGGAGGACAGACAUUAACCGUGUUCACUGAGAGCUCCUCAGAUAAGCUUUCACUGGAAGGAAUAGUGGUACAAAGAGCUGAAUGCCGACCUGCUGCCAAUGAAAACUACAUGAGGUUAAAGAGAUUGCAAAUAGAAGAAUCUUCCAAACCUGUAAGGCUAUCACAGCAGCUGGAGAAAGUCGUGACAACCAAUUACAAGCCUGUUGCUAAUCAUCAGUACAAUAUUGAAUAUGAAAGGAAAAAGAAAGAAGAUGGAAAACGAGCCCGAGCUGAUAAACAACACGUUUUGGACAUGCUGUUUUCAGCUUUUGAGAAGCAUCAGUAUUAUAAUCUGAAGGACUUGGUGGACAUCACAAAACAACCUGUGUCGUACCUGAAGGACAUCUUAAAGGAAAUUGGUGUUCAAAAUGUAAAAGGGAUCCACAAAAACACAUGGGAACUGAAGCCAGAAUACAGACAUUAUCAAGUAGAAGAAAAAAGUGAUUAAGAAGAUUCGAAGCCCGCCUAACAGAACUAAAGGAUGAUGAGCUGAGCAGGCAGCCUUGAUACGUGAAUCCUUGAGCACCAUCUAUUAUAGGGGGGAAAUGACUGGUAUUUUCAUUUCUCUAGGUAAAUUUUUUAAACAAUAAUUCUUGUAAAGUUGCUUAAAUGAUUUUUGAGGAAAAAGAACAUCUUUAUUUAUAUACUUAUAUUAAACCAGAUUAUUCAUGAUGGGGUGGGGAGUUGAAAGGUUUUUCUUUUUAAAUAUUAACUUUAAAAUGUAAAAUGAGGAAAUGUUUUCUAAAUGAGGACUCCCCAUCUUUGCGGGAAGAGUUGAAGUGAUGUAGAUCCAAAGUGAUUGGCACAGCAGGAAAAAAAAGUAGGCAACUACAGAAAUUCUCAAAAGGAACUAAAGAAAAGUUCCUUAUUCUGAAAUUGUCAAAGAGCAAGGCUGUCUUUUUUUUUUUUUUUUUUUUAACAGGUGGUUGUGUUUCAUAUUUGCACGUAUUAAUGAAAGGAUAGCAUUUGGGUGUGCACUAAGGUAGCAGUUUGUUUUUUUUCUUUUUCAAGAUAGCAGAUUUCAUCAUUAGCUUACUUUACCCCAGUGACAGUGACAUGAGAACUGGAAAAAGACAUGGUCAUUUGUUCUUUCUUUCCUCUUUUCUUCUUUUAAAAUAAUUAGAAAUUAAAUGCUUUUCCAAUUCGGGAUAUACAUCCCCCAUCAUAAGCUUCUCAGAGAUGUUUACUGCACACUCAGUGAGCCUAUAUUGACUAGUGUGUGGCAAAGGCUGCUUAACGCCUAAAGGAGGGUUGUAGGGGUAAGGUUGAUGUGUACAGACAAACAGGUGAAUGUCAGCUCCUGGGGAAUGAAAGUGUUUCUCUUGUCUUUCUUUUUAAUUAAUUUUAAAUAAAAACAAUAGCUGUCCAUGGUAUUACAUAGCACAAAAUGUUAUAUAUUAGACAAUCCAAAAGCAUACCCAUGAAUAAGAUCACCAAAACAAAAGAAGCUUUAGCACACUAAACACAAUUAAGAAUUUAUUUAUACUUGUUAAUUUUGUCAGCUGUUUCUGUAUGCUUACAACCAAGAAGCAGCAAAUGCCAAAAUUUUUUAAUGUUAUGUAAUUAAAACAAAUCAUGGAAAUAAUCUGUCCACUGAGAUAAAUAUUUUCCUGUACUAUUUGAUUUUUUAGCAGCAGAAUGCUGAAGCUGAGUACCAGUGCAUCAAAUUUUUUGUCCUAGGAUUCCCAGUGAAAUAAAACAAAGGAAGGUGGUCCCAUCCCCUCUCCCACCUCCAGCUGUCUUAUCCUGCCUUAUUGUGCUGCAGUAACCAAACAUUGUAUCUCCAUUACCUUCCUUUUUUUUUUUAAGGCGUUGUUUGUUUGUUUUUGAUGUGGGCCAUUUUUUUAAGUCUUUAUUGAAUUUGUUAUAGCUUCUGUUUUAUGUUUUGGUUUUUUGACUGCAAGGCAUGUGGGAUCUUAGGUCCCCAGGCAGGGACUGAACCCUUGAACCCACACUCCCUGCAUUGAAGUUGUAACCACUGGACCACCAGGGACAUCCCUCCAUUACCUCUCAAUUCCUCAGUGUAGGCAAGCAGAUGAAGAAUGGUGUGCUCUAUCUGUAUAUAGCUGAGAAUUCUAGGCACCUGUGGUUUGCUUUGUUCAGAGUUUGUCUUUUUGGAUGUAUGACACUGCUCUGAAGCAGACCUGUGUCUCCUCUGCCCCUGCCUUUUGUUUUUGUAGUGACAGCACCUGCCAGAACUUGCUGCUGGUAGAGUUGCCAGGGCAACUUUGUCUCCUCUAAAGCUGUGCUUUGGUUAUUUUCUGCCAACUUGCUUGUUAAGCUUGUUUUAGUUACCUUGCACCUUAUCACACUGACAAUAUCUUAUCUCUUAAAUACUUAUUAUCUAUUCAGUAGACUAGGUGGUGGACUGGUGCCAUUCCUGAUUAAUUUUUUUUGCAAUUGCUUUCUUAUUUAGUACAAAAAUACAGCUGUUGGUCAAGAAGGAGACUCUCUCUUCCACCUGGGUUCCCUUUUUCUUUUAUUGCAGGACUCUCUUUCUCUGAUAAACAUGGUUUUGGCAGCCAAAAGUCCUAAACCCUUAUAACCACUGUGAGAUGGUGAGAGAGGAAGGCUGAUGAGGGAGAUAUACACCUGGUAAGAUGUCCCAUCAUAAGACAACAGGAAGGCCAUAUGUAAUCAAUGAGAUUGUUAAACUCAACCAGUGCACACACUUUGGGGAUAUUUUAACUGACAAAAUGUAGUAAGAUUGUGGUUGCUUGGCAUUGAAAAGAUUUGAAAUCACAUGUUACCAGUAGCAUCCAAAGUGAGAUAUCUUUAAAAAGUAAACCAGUUUACACAAAGACAGAAAUAUAGAUCAAUGAAACAGAAUAGAAAGCCCAGAGAUAAAUCCACGAACCUAUGGACACCUUAUCUUUGACAAAGGAGGCAAGGAUAUACAAUGGAAAAAAGACAACCUCUUUAACAAGUGGUGCUGGGAAAACUGGUCAACCACUUGUAAAAGAAUGAAACUAGAACACUUUCUAACACCAUACACAAAAAUAAACUCAAAAUGGAUUAAAGAUCUAAAUGUCAGACCAGAAACUAUAAAACUCCUAGAGGAGAACAUAGGCAAAACACUCUCCGACAUAAAUCACAGCAAGAUCCUCUAUGACCCACCUCCCAGAAUAUUGGAAAUAAAAGCAAAACUAAACAAAUGGGACCUAAUGAAACUUAAAAGCUUUUGCACUACAAAGGAAACUAUAAGUAAGGUGAAAAGACAGCUCUCAGAUUGGGAGAAAAUAAUAGCAAAUGAAGAAACAGACAAAAGAUUAAUCUCAAAAAUAUACAAGCAACUCCUGCAGCUCAAUUCCAGAAAAAUAAAUGACCCAAUCAAAAAAUGGGCCAAAGAACUAAACAGACAUUUUUCCAAAGAAGACAUACAGAUGGCUAACAAACACAUGAAAAGAUGCUCAACAUCACUCAUUAUCCGAGAAAUGCAAAUCAAAACCACAAUGAGGUACCAUUACACGCCAGUCAGGAUGGCUGCUAUCCAAAAGUCUACAAGCAAUAAAUGCUGGAGAGGGUGUGGAGAAAAGGGAACCCUCUUACACUGUUGGUGGGAAUGCAAACUAGUACAGCCGCUAUGGAGAACAGUGUGGAGAUUCCUUAAAAAACUGGAAAUAGAACUGCCAUAUGACCCAGCAAUCCCACUUCUGGGCAUACACACUGAGGAAACCAGAUCUGAAAGAGACACGUGCACCCCAAUGUUCAUCGCAGCACUGUUUAUAAUAGCCAGGACAUGGAAGCAACCUAGAUGCCCAUCAGCAGACGAAUGGAUAAGGAAGCUGUGGUACAUAUACACCAUGGAAUAUUACUCAGCCAUUAAAAAGAAUUCAUUUGAAUCAGUCCUAAUGAGAUGGAUGAAACUGGAGCCCAUUAUACAGAGUGAAGUAAGCCAGAAAGAUAAAGAACAUUACAGCAUACUAACACAUAUAUAUGGAAUUUAGAAAGAUGGUAAUGACAACCCUAUAUGCAAAACAGAAAAAGAGACACAGAAAUACAGAACAGACUUUUGAACUCUGUGGGAGAAGGUGAGGGUGGGAUGUUUCAAAAGAACAGCAUGUAUACUAUCUAUGGUGAAACAGAUCACCAGCCCAGGGGGGAUGCAUGAGACAAGUGCUCGGGCCUGGUGCACUGGGAAGACCCAGAGGAAUCGGGUGGAGAGGGAGGUGGGAGGGGGGAUCAGGAUGGGGAAUACGUGUAAAUCUAUCGCUGAUUCAUAUCAAUGUAUGACAAAACCCACUGAAAUGUUGUGAAGUAAUUAGCCUCCAACUAAUAAAAAAAAAAGUAAAGUAAAAAAAGUAAACCAGUUUAGCUCUAUGGUAUCAGAAGCAGCUCUCCUGGAUUUCAGCAGAGGUGCAGUUGUUCCUGAUGAUCACAUUUUCUUUGAAGCCCUUUUCGUCACCAUUGGUACAUAUUAAUGAAAAUAAGAGGAAACAGUGCCUGAUGAUGUAUUAAAUGCUCUGAAAUACUAUCUCGUUUAAAGAAUUAGUGCUGAGAAGUAGAUAAUGUCCAUGUUAUAGAACCAUUUCCUGCCCAACAUAUUAUCAUGAAUACCAAUCCCUCUUUAGGAGAAUUCUGCCCUUUGGGGAUAAAGUGAAUGCUAGAGUAUACCUUCCCAGAAGCCCAUGAGUCUCCCCCCACUCUCCCUUGUCUUACCUCCAGACCAGGAAAAAGGUGAUCAAAGUGGCGACCAGUGGUCUUUGGCAUUCCCUGCCUGAAUCCAGACAUCCAGCCCUUCCUGACCCACAGGACACGGUUACAAUUAUCUCCUUUAAAGUCAGGCUCCUCUUGCUAACUUUUAAUCCCUGUUACAUUCAAGUACCCCGUAGGGUGCGCAGCGUUAGAGUGGACUCCUUGAGCUCCGUGGGCGUCUAGGAUCACAGUGGAAUGUGACGGGGGGACACUAGCUGUGGCACCAGCUGAAACGCAGCUGCCUUCGUCCAGACUUCACUUGCUGGAAGCUUGCCUUUCGUCUCAGUGUAUUGGCCAUUUUCCCUGGCAUUUGUGUGAUGGUCCAAGAGGUGACAAGCUGAGAAUCUGUUUGGUUCAGUUUUCAUUGCUUUGACAGUCCAAAGCAUGCUCCUAAGCCUAAUAUCUUUUUCAUAGUAUGUAAGAGGAGGGAUCAGAGAUCACUUUGUAACAUUACUUUUCUUCACGUACUCCCAUACUUUCCUCUUCCUACUUCCUUUCCUUUGAGCAGGUACCACCACUGAUUAUACAGUAGCAUGAUGUAACACCCGACAGACCGACAGUAUAAGUCUUUGAUGGUUUAUCAUAAGAAAAUUAACAGCUUCUAUCGGAUUUUGUUGGAAAUCAUCUAAAUUAAAAAAGGACUUUUUCAAUGCUGUA